GGUGACUCGCUCUCGCCGCUGCGCAGUGCAGAUAUUACUGGGCUGAACUGUAGAAUCUCCCGCUAUGAAAUCACAACCUCAAUUUACAACACGGCGUUAGCAUGCGUUUCUCUGUCUUCUCGUCAAACGGGCCAUCAGGUGCAUCGUUAGAGACUGGCGCUGACAUGUUGGUGACGGGUGUGCUUUCCCUGCUCCUACUCGCGCACCAGUGUGUUUCUGCACCACAGGUGCCCGGAGACCAAAGAGUAGAGUCAGCAGGAGCCCCUCUCACACUGGCCAAUCCCUUUGGCUCUGGAGACGAGGAGCGCAGGCUGCUGCAGAGCUACAUCAAGGCCAACCUGAAGGAGGGACAGGGAGGACCAGAUAGCACCUGGGAACAAGAGGUGUUUUUCCUGUUUAGUCUCCAUGACUAUGACCGCAGCGGUGACAUGGAUGGCCUGGAGAUGAUGAGGCUGCUCUCUGAAUACAACUCCCACAAUAGGCCUGGAGAACAGUCAGCUGAGCCGGUGGUGGACAUGGUAGACUUUCUCCUGCAGACUCAGGAUCUAAACAUGGACGGUCUAAUAGCACCCCCUGAGCUACUCUCUCCCCCCAAACUACAACAACCAGACUCCUACUCCCAGGGUGCACCUGAACAGGGAGGAAAUGUGGCCCAGGAGCAGGUAAAGGUCCAAGUGGAAGUCAAAGUUGAGGAACCAAAACUAGAAAAAGCAGCACAGAAAGAGAAUGUAGAAGAACAGCCCAAGGAAGAAGAAUCAAAGCCAAGAUUUGUGGGACAGGAAGUUAAGACCAAUGAACAUCCUAUACAGGCAGAGGAGAAAGGACUGCAUAUCCCAGAGGCCCCUGCUGCUGAUCAUGAGCAAAAUAGGCCUGCUCAUCAGGGGCAGCCUGAAAUGUAAACACACACAAUAACAUGCAAACAGCACUCCAACACUUCCGUCCAGACAAUAGCAGGAGCCCUUUGACUGACAACAGAGUUAGCAAAUCACAGCCCCUCAUCUACCUUGGGAGGGGCUUGUUUCUUUCACAUUGAGGGAUUUUUCUUUGGUACUGAAUUAUAAGAUGUCAGCCAUAUUGUUUAAGCUGCUGUUAUUUCACAUUGCACUUCUGAACAAGAUCAAUUGAGAAUAUAAUUCAGUAUUAAAUGUAUUUUGCCAAAAGAUACCUUACACUGCUAAAUAGUUCAGUUUAUUGAUUUUGGGGUAAAUAGUUGCUUUCUGUUGAAGCUAUGAAAAUGAAGCCAUAUAUUGGAAUGGACAAUCUGAAAAGUUAAUGGACUGCAUGCAUGAACUUGUCAAACGCAAUGCCUUUAAAUGAUACUUGGAGAAAGUAUUCCCCUCUAGUGCAAUAUUAAAAUGUUCACUCCUCAUGGAUGCAAAAGGAGUGGUUUGGUUUAAGAAAUUCAGUGGGAAAAGCCCUUUAACUCAUGGAAUUGAGCUCCGUCACAGCAGCUGUUGACUAGAUUCUCCCUUUUCCAGAUCAAAAACCCCAGGCCUUUUCACUUAGUGAAAAACCUAUAAACUGAAGUGCCAUCUGGUGAUCUAUUUUGCUGCCUGCUCAGUAAUACUAGAGCCCAAUUUAGUCUCACUUCUAGGAGUGUGCACUUGUUCCUUUAAAAUCCAUGAGGGGAGUAAACACUUGAGUUGUGUAAUCAAUUUAGGAACAUGGGAUAAAUAUUUGGUUUGCUGUAAAUUUCCUGAAUUGGAAGGUUUGUAUAUUUGACCAAAAAAAAGCCAACAUGACUGCCA